AUGGGGUUCGGAGAUAUCCUGGAGGAUGUCGGAAGUAUGGGCAAGUUCCAAAUCAUCCACGUUUUGUUGCUGGUGUUGCCAUCGUUUCUCUCACCGAGUCACAACCUGCUUCAGAACUUUGUGGCUGUUGUUCCUGACCAUCACUGCAGGAUCCCUUUGGAAGUGAAUGACUCGAGGUACGCCAACGUCGUGGGGAGGCUGCAGACGGAGGAACUUCUCCGGGUUUUCAUCCCUCUGGACAGGAACCAAGAGCCGGAGAAAUGCCUGAUGUACUCCUCGCCUCAAUGGCACCUUCUGGAUCUCAACGGGACGCACGGAAACGUGACUGAGUACCACACGCAGAAGUGCACUGACGGGUGGACCUAUGACAACUCUAAGUUCAAAGGCACAAUUGUCACAGAGUGGGACCUUGUCUGCGACUGGAAAUCCCUGAAGCGUAUCGCACAAUCGAUCUACAUGGCCGGAUUGCUGGUGGGAGCCAUCGUCCUGGGCAGGCUUUCUGACAAGUUCGGGAGACGGACCCUUCUGCUGUGGUCUCACUUCCAGUUAGCUGUCUCCGGAACCUGUUCUGCGUUCGCCUCCUCCUACCCCUUAUUUUGCUUUUGGAGGUUCCUCUGUGGAGUGGCACAGUCAGGGAUCAUACUCAACGUUUUCUCCCUCAAGGUCGAAUGGAUCCCAACAAGAUUUCGAACGCCUGUUUCAAUGCUGAGCGGUUUUCUUUACACCUUUGGUCAACUACACCUGGCUGGUUUGGCGUAUGGAAUCCAAGACUGGCGGUGGCUUCAGUUCACAGUGUCUCUACCUUAUUUCAUUUUCUUCCUCUAUUCUUGGUGGUUCCCGGAGUCUGCUCGCUGGCUCAUUCUGAAUGACAAGGCUGAAGUCGCCCUGAAACAGCUCAGGAGGGUGGCAAAAAUGAAUGGCAAGGAGGAGGAGGGGGAAAAACUCACUAUUGAAACUCUGAAGUCAAAUAUGGAAAGUGAACAGUUGGUCAAUAACAACAGGCGAAGUGUGUUAGACCUGUUCCGGACUCCUGUCAUGCGCAAGAUAGCCUGCUGUACCAUGCUUGUUUGGUUUUCGACCAGUUUUGCCUAUUACGGGUUGGCGAUAGACCUACAAGGGUUUGGCGUUGACAUUUACCUCAUCCAGCUGAUUUUCGGAGCCGUUGACAUCCCAGCGAAACUGCUCGCCUUUCUCUUCAUGAGCCUGAUCGGAAGAAGGUACACACAAGCCGCUUCACUUAUCCUGGCAGGGAGCCUGAACCUGGUGAACAUCUUUGUCCCGAAAGAGAUGCAGUCCUUGCGAACGUUAUUCGCUGCCCUUGGGAAAGGGUGUCUGUCCGCAGCCUUCAGCUGUUGCUAUCUCUUUUCAGGCGAACUCUACCCUACAGUGGUCAGGCAGACGGGAAUGGGGCUUGUGAGCACAAUGGCCCGCGUGGGCUCCAUGUUAGCGCCCAUCGUAAGGAUGAGUGGCGACUACGUCCCGUUUCUGCCCAUGACCAUAUACGGCGGGAUGGCAAUAAUAGCGGGAAUUACUGCCUUUCUCCUGCCUGAAACACGGAACACCCCUUUACCGGAAACUAUCGAAGAAACGGAAAACAGAACAAUAAAAGCUGCUGAAAAGGCCAAGGACUCCAAGAGGGCUGAUGUUGCACUCCAGGAAACAUACCUAUCAUUGAUGAAACAGACUGUGUAACCGAACACAACAACAACCAGCUUUCUUCAGUGUCCACGUGACAGAUGUAGUGUAGCCGAAGAAAACAGAAAGUGUAAUUAAUACUCAGCAGAGAGAAAGAGAGACAGUUAAGGCUUGAAUUUGGAACAUUAACUCUGUUUCCUUCUGCACAGUUGCUGAGUUUCUCCAGCACUUUCUGUUUCUCCUGCAGAUCCUCAGCACCCUGUGUAUGUUGCUUUUAUUAUACUGUGUGGCAUGUGUCUCUUAAAGAGUCAUCGAGUCAUACAGCACAGAAACAGACCCUUUAUUCCAACCAGUCCGUGCCGACCAUAAUCCCCAAACUAAACUAGACCCACCUGCCUGCUCCUGGCCCAUCUCCCUCCAAACCCUUUCCUGUUCAUGUCCUUAUCCAAAUGUCUUUUAAAUGUUGUAACUGUGUCCACACUUCCUCAGGAAGCUCAUUCCACACACGAACCACCCUCUACGUACAAACUUUGCCCCUCAAAUCUCUCUCCCUCACCUUAAACAUGUGCCCCCUCAUCUUGAAAUCCCCACCCUAUGGAAAAGACAAUUACCAUUAACCCUCAUGAUUUUAUAAACCUCUAAGGUCGCCCCUCAACAUUCUACUCUCCAGGGAAAUAAGUCCCAGCCUUUCUUUAGAAUCCAAAUCUUCCAUACCUGGCAACAUCCGAGUAAAUCCCUUUUGAACCAUCGCCAGCUUAAGAAGCUCCUUCCUAUAACAGGGCGACCAGAACUGGAUACAGAAGAGGCCUCACCAAUGUCCUGUACAACCUCCACAUGACGUCCCAGCUCAAAGGAUUAAGCCAUGAAGGCAAGUGUGCCAAACGCCUUUUUAAACACCCUGCGACGCAAACUUCAAAGAACUAUGGACCUGAACCCGCCCUCGGUCCUGCUGUCCUACACCACUACCCAGGGCAAAAGUGAGGUAUGCAGAUGCUGGGGAUCAGAGUGUGCUGCCGGUCAGGAGCAGGAGAA